CGAUAUAACGCAUGGAUAUGCUUCUGUGUAGAAACAUAAUUCUUGGAUAAUUUAAACUCGAUUAUGUUUCGAUGAAAUAUAUUAUUGCUGGAUGCUGUAAGAGAAUACGUCCGAAGUGGUUAUAUUACAUCUCAAACAUAUCCCUGUAACUUUCGGCGGUCACUCGAGGAGGCAAAUUGCAUUUGUAUGUUACAAAUCUUCGAGUUGGCGAAAUGUACAGAAUGUUUGCGAGCGUAUCGCAGAAGCAAUUAAUCGUUGCUCUCAAGAAAAGUUGUACGCAGACAAAAUAUUUUAACACCUGGCAAAGAUGCAGCUUCUCUUCUCAGAAAGAACCACCUAGUUUAGGUGUUAAGCAGGAAAGUGUUACAUCAUUUCCACCGCUGACAGAACCUAUUCCUAAUUUGCCAAAAGCUAUUUACUCUACCGCAAAAGAAGAGCAUCAAACGACGCAAAUUACAGUUUUACCAAAUGGUUUAAAAGUAGCAUCAGAAAAUCGGUUUGGACAAUUUUGCACUAUAGGUGUUCUUAUCGAUUCGGGUCCAAGAUAUGAAGUGGCAUAUCCCAAUGGUAUCUCACAUUUUCUUGAAAAACUGGCGUUCGGUUCUACAAACACAUACAGCAGCAAGGAUGAGAUAAUGUUAGCGUUGGAAAAACAUGGUGCUAUAUGUGAUUGUCAAGCAUCUAGAGACACAUUUAUUUACGCAGCAUCGGCACAACGUCGUGGGUUGGAUUUAGUGACUCAAGUUCUGGGUGAUGUUGUUUUAAGACCUCAAAUUACAGAUGAAGAGGUACAAAUUGCUAAACAAACAGUACAAUUUGAAUUGGAAUCUUUACAUACUAGACCAGAGCAAGAGCCCAUAUUAAUGGACAUGAUUCAUGCCGCCGCAUAUAAAUCCAACACAUUAGGCUUGCCUAAGAUCUGUCCAGAAAAGAAUAUUGAAAAAAUCGACAGGAAAACAUUGCACACGUAUCUCAAGUAUCAUUAUAUACCAAGUAGAAUGGUAGUUGCUGGAGUUGGCGUUGAACAUGAAGAUUUGGUCCACGUCGUUAAUAAAUACUUUGUGGAUCAAAAACCUAUUUGGGAAGAACAGACCGAUCUUAUUCUGCCAAAUAAUGAAAAUAACGUCGAUGGGUCCACUGCACAAUAUACGGGCGGAUACGUUUCGGAGGAAUGCAAUGUGCCGAUUUACGCAGGACCUAGUGGCUUGCCUGAAUUGUCACACGUUGUUAUAGGUCUAGAGGGCUGUUCCCAUCAUGAUUCUGAUUUUGUUGCUAUGUGCGUGUUGAAUAUGAUGAUGGGAGGUGGUGGCAGUUUUAGCGCGGGCGGUCCGGGAAAAGGCAUGUACACACGUUUGUACACGAAUGUAUUAAAUAGGUAUCAUUGGUUGUAUAGUGCAACAGCAUACAAUCAUGCUUAUGCUGAUACCGGAUUAUUUUGCAUCCACGCCUCAUGUACACCACCUCACGUGAAAGAAAUGGUAGAAGUAAUUGUACAGGAAAUGGUCGCAAUGUCGAACGGAGUCACGGACAAUGAAUUGGCGAGAGCAAAAAAGCAACUGCAAUCAAUGCUACUUAUGAACCUGGAACAACGGCCUGUGGCAUUUGAAGAUAUAGGUAGGCAAGUCUUGGCAACUGGUUCCAGGAAACGUUCAGAAUAUUUCAUACAAGCCAUCGAAGGAAUAUCCAAGGACGAUAUUAAUAGAGUAACACGGCGUUUAUUGAAGUCGCCACCUUGCAUGGCAGCACGCGGUGAAGUAAAAACCAUCCCUUCUUUGUCAGAUGUUCAGAGCGGCUUGGUCGAUGCGCAAGGUCGGUUACCUGGUUCUCGUAGCAGAUUGUCACUUUUCCGUUAAAAUCGUGCCUGCCUUUUUAUUCUAAAUAAAUGACACUCACAACUACAUUUAGUGAAUAAUUUGAAUAUUUAAUAUCCAAUUAUAUAUUGAAUUAAAUCUUAUACGAUGUAAAAUAGUACGUAUAUAUAUCUAUGUAAUUAAUUAAUCUGGACUAUAACUUCAAAAACUGCUGUGAAUUAAUCUCGUAAUAUUUUACGAGUGAUAAAUUAUGUGUUAAAAGGAACAAUUACAUCACAAUCGAUGACCUUAGUUUUUAUGUAUUUGUAAUGUAUUCUAUAUUUGAUAUACUGAGUAAUUAACAUUUAGAUUUUAUAUAUGCAAUAUCAGAGGAUGUUAAACUUAAAAAAGAUAAUUAUUUAUUGUUCAGCAGCACGAAACAGAGAAACGAAAAACUUUUACCGUUAAACGGAAAGAAAACGAGAUGUGCAAGAUUGAAUACUUACUGUCAUAUCCUUGUUACGAUUAUAUUCAGUAUUAGAUCUGCCCCAAAAAAUACAAGUACAUAAAAGAAUGCGAUUAUUAAUUACACAACAAAAUUAAAUCUUAAUCAAAAUUAUCAAAAUUUUUUU